CACGCGGAGAGACCCCGCGACCCCGGCGACCGCACGCCUGCCCCGCCCCCGUUUGGGUGGUCUUUCCAAGUCGGAGAGCGGACUUGAGAGCGGAUGGCAGGGCACAUGCGGGAAGGGGUCACGUCGCCCGCCCUCUGCGGGGGCCAUGCCCGGCGAGCAGCUCCCCUCUCGGGCCCCUUUGUCUCCAAGCCGCUCGGCGCUUGGCUCCAGCCCGCGACACAAAGGGAGGGAGGUGACGACCGCGCAGGCGCGCGAGGCGCCGAGGCUGCUGGGAGUGGUGGUCCGGCCGCCGAAUGAAAUCCUGAAGGAGCUAGAUGACUAUUAUGAGAAGUUUAAACGUGAGACGGAUGGCACCCAGAAGAGGCGAGUGCUGCACUGCAUUCAGAGAGCCCUGAUUCGGAGCCAGGAGCUGGGCGACGAGAAGAUCCAGAUUGUCAGUCAGAUGGUGGAGCUGGUGGAGAACCGGACCAGGCAGGUGGACAGUCACGUGGAACUCUUUGAGGCGCAUCAAGAGGUCAGUGACACCACCGGCCACAGUGGCAAAGCCGGCCAAGAUAAGUCCAAGAACGAGACAAUCACUCAGGCAGAAAAGCCCAAUAACAAGAGGUCCCGGCGACAGCGCAACAACGAGAAUCGAGAGAACGCAGCCAAUAAUCACGAGCACGAUGACAUCACCUCAGGAACACCUAAGGAGAAGAAAGCAAAAGCGUCCAAGAAGAAGAAGCGCUCCAAGGCCAAAGCGGAGAGGGAAGCGUCCCCCACAGACCUUCCCAUCGACCCCAACGAGCCGACCUACUGCCUGUGCAAUCAGGUCUCCUACGGGGAAAUGAUCGGCUGUGACAACGACGAGUGCCCCAUCGAGUGGUUCCACUUCUCCUGCGUGGGACUGAAUCAUAAACCAAAGGGCAAGUGGUACUGUCCCAAAUGUCGAGGGGAGAAUGAGAAAACCAUGGACAAAGCCCUGGAGAAGUCCAAAAAGGAGAGGGCUUACAACAGGUAGUUGGGGGACCUCGCUGAGCAGGGAGACAAGACGGGCCCGUGUAUUUAUUCCAUCGCCACCUCUGGGGAGGCACAAGGACUGUACAGUGUAUAUUUUUAAAGAAUGUUAGAAAAGCAGCCAUUCCUUUUGUAGGGAUGGCAGUGAUUGUCUUUGCCUUUUGUUUUCAUUGGUACACAUGUGUAACAGGAAAGUGGUCUGUGGAUCAGCAUUUUAGAAACUGCAAAUAGAGGUUUGAAUUAAACACUCAAGUGAGUCUCAGACUGAUUCUUCUUUUUUUCGGGUGGGGGAUGACUUGGAAGCAAUCUAACAUAUUAAAUGUGGAAAGAAAAGAUUUCAUUUAGCUGCUAUGUUAUUUAAUUUUUAAAAAAUUAGCCAAGUUGCUAAAAAUAUAGCCCAUAGUAAAUUUGUUUCUUGCUAUAAUAGUGUAUAUCCAUAUAACAAUUUAAUAAAAAGGUUUAAAAUUUGAAGAUUAUUUUUUAAAAAGAUAAAUGGCUAAAUUUUACAUGACAAACAUUUUGUAUACUGGUCCAUUCCCCAAAUGGUCAUUUUUAAAUGAUUUGGUACAUUUUUUAUAAAACCAAAUAGAAGUGGUCUAGUCAUGGAACUUCAGGUUACGCUUUUGCUAUCACACAUCAUAGUGUAGCUGUCUUUAGUUUAUUUAAAGUGUAUAAAUGUACAUUUCCAAGUGAACUUGCACUUGCUGUAUUAUAGUCAGAAGUGCAGCCAGAUGCCAUGGUGAAACCAAGAUGUGUUUCCUGCUGUGUGCACGAGAGCUGUACAGAUGUGACGUCAGGAGAUGAAUGAAACUUGGCCGGUUUGUUCCUCCAGCAGUACAUUUAAUUUUGACAUAAGUAAUUUUUAAGUGUUUGUCUUAAAAAUUUGUACACCAGCAGUUUAAACAAAGCCUUAAGCAAAUUUUGUAUUAUUGUUGUCACUUAAUAAUGAAGUAGAAGUUACCUAAUUGCAAGCAAAUCACUAAGUGUCAAAACAGAAUAUAUAUAUAUAUAGAUAGAUGAGGAGCUGGGGAUUCCUGCCUGCAGACGGAAUCCAGUCAUCAUCUGCCUGUGUACUGCCUGUGAGCCAAGAGUGAUCUUCACCUUGUUGAAUGCUUAACAACUUAGAAGAAGAUUCCUAGUUCAUGACACAUGAAAAGUAUAUGAAAUUCAAAUUUUAGUGUCCAUAAAUAAAGUGUUGGCAUACAGCCAUGCUCACUCGCUUA